AUGGUAAAAAAGGCAAAUGGCCAAUGGAGAAUGUGUGUGGACUUCACUGAUUUCAAUAAAGCAUGCCCUAAGGAUUCUUAUCCUCUCCCCAAUAUUGAUCGGUUGGUAGACGGAGCUUCCGGAAACACUGUUCUAAGUUUUUUGGAUGCCUAUUCGGGGUAUAAUCAAAUCCCGAUGUACGCCCCGGAUCGAGAAAAGACGACCUUUAUUACAGAGCAGGCCAAUUACUGCUAUGAGGUCAUGUUGUUCGGUCUCAAGAAUGCGGGUGCUACUUACCAACGCCUAAUGGAUAAAGUCUUCCAUAAUCAGAUAGGCUGUUGCAUGGAACAUCUGAAAGAUUUAGAAGAAGUCUUUCAACAACUCAGACACUACAACAUGCGUCUAAACCCCAACAAAUGCACUUUCGGGGUGUCUGCCGGAAAAUUCUUGGGUUUCAUGUUGACCUAUCGAGGAAUAGAAGCAAAUCCAGAAAAAUGCCGGACGAUAUUGGAGAUGAAGAGUCCCACUAAGUUGAAGGAUGUCCAAUGCUUAGUCGGACGUCUCACAGUCCUAUCGCGAUUCAUACCAAGGCUUUAUGAUCAUAUCAAACCUAUCCUGAAGAACAUGAAAAAGGAUGUACCUCGGCAUUGGGAUAACGAUUGCGAAGAAGCCUUCUCCAAGGUAAAAAGCAUCCUGACCAGUCCACCUAUCAUGGCUCGUCCAACUGAGGGGUUCGAGUUUCAACUCUACUUGGCUGCAUCCAACCAUUCGGUAAGUGCAGCUCUCAUCCAGGAAAGUCUAGACUUUAAGCUGAGUCAUGAGAUAGUCGUCCAGACAAACCAUCCGAUCGCUAAGAUUCUCAGGAAACCUGACUUGGUGGGAAGGAUUGUAGCCUCGACGAUCAAGCUAUCUGAAUUCGGUCUACGAUAUGAACCGCAGGAUUAUGUUAAAGGCCAGCACCUGGCUGAUUUUGCAGUUGAAGUCUACCGUCCGGGGGAACCAAACAUUUGGCAUCUAAAUGUAGAUGGAUCUUCAGACAGAAAAGGAGGAGGAGCUGGCAUUGUACUCGAAGGAUCGGACGGCUUGCUGGUCGAACAAGCGGUCAGCUUUAACUUCCAACUUAGCAAUAACCAGGCAGAAUAUGAAGCUCUCAUUAGCGGAUUACUGCUGGCCAAAGAGUUGGAAGUCGAUCAUCUGGAAUGCAGAAUGGAUUGUCAACUAGUUGUUGGACAGCUCAAUGGAACUUUCCAGGUCAAGGACGAUCACCUACUACACUAUUAUCACAAGGUCAGUGAUUUGAUCAAAUUAUUUACCAAUUUUUCCGUUACCCACAUACCCAGGGCACAAACUUCCUGGGCGGAUCUGUUGUCGAAGUUAACCCACUCCCGCGAGAAGUCGCAACUCUCUUCGGUGAUCAAAACCAUACUGCAUAAGCCGUUGUUGGAAGCAUAUACCACUAACGUGGUUGCACCACGAACUGAUUGGCGGCAGGACAUAAUUCAACUGAUGGUCCAGCAAGAACAGGGCGGACGGGUCAGUAUCACUGAUUUAUACUGGCGAGGUUAUACUACCCCGUUGCUGAAAUGUCUGUCCGACGAAGAAGCCAAGUAUGUCAUGCAAGAAUUACAUCAUGGCGUUUGUGGUUCACAUUCAGGAAAAAGGAUGCUGAGGGCCAAGAUUCUACGAGCCGGUUUUUACUGGCCCUCUAUGGAGCAAGAUUGUGCGGCAUUCGCUGAGGCAGUCAAUAAAGCCAUUAUUUCCGAGUUAAAGAAGAGACUUGGGCGUGCUAAAGGGUUGUGGGUCGAAGAGUUGCCUGAAGUGCUUUGGGCAUACAGAUGCACACCGCACGGUUCAACGGGCGAAACUCCCUUUAACCUCACUUAUGGCACAGACGCCAUGCUUCCGGUCGAGGUUGGCGAACCGACUAUACGACGAGAGAUGCAAGACAUGAACCUCAAUGAAGACCAGCUGAGGGUUAACCUGGACACUCUACCCGAACGGCGUGAAGCGGCCAUGAUACGAAACGCAGCUCAGAAACGACUACUCGUGCGACGAUACAACACGAAGGUCAAACCACGUAACUUUACCGCAGGAGACCUUGUUUGGCGAAAGAGAGGCGAGGCUCACAAAGAAAAAGCGUACGGCUAG